AUGUCCUCCUUCGCCGUCGUAAAAGACAUCGACCACCUCGUCCUAACCUGCCACGACAUCCAAGUCACUAUAACAUGGUACACGAAGUACCUAGGCAUGAAAUCCGAAACCUUUGGUCCCGAAUCAGCUCCUCGUCAUGCUCUCAAGUUUGGCACACACAAGAUCAAUCUUCACCAGCGCGGUAAAGAAUUCGAACCAAAGGCUAGAACGGCUUUGCCUGGGACUGCUGAUUUGUGCUUUAUUCUUGAAGAGGGAACGGAUCUGCAAGGACUGAUCACGGAAUUUGAGAAGGAGGGUAUCAAGGUCCUUGAGGGGGGUGAGGUUGUUCCCAGGACUGGUGCUAUGGGGGGGAUUAGGAGUAUUUAUGUUCGGGAUCCGGAUGGGAACUUGAUUGAGUUAUCUUAUUACGCCGCAUGA